UAGAUUUCAGGUUCGAAUUCCAUAGAUAAUAUAGAUGGGAUUGUCUAUAAUGAUAGACAAAUGAAAGAUUUUCUCAAGAUUCUUAUUCAUCUACUUUUUAUUUUGAAAAUGGGUUGGUUGAACUUGAAAAUUAACUCAUUGAAAUUGAAUAAGUAAACAAUUAAAUUGGAUUCGGUUGGAUGGUACUAACAAAAUCGUGUGCUAACUCUCCUUUCUUUUGAAUUAACCGAUCAACUUGACAUCGGAGAUUUAUUUUGAAUGCGAUCCUGUUCGCAAAAAAUUUCGAGAUUUUUUACUUUAUUGUUAUAUUAUGAAUAUGAGAAUGAAUCCUACUACUUCUGGUUUUGGGGUUACCACGCUUGACAAAAAGACACUGGGGCAUAUCGCCCAAAUCAUUGGUCCGGUACUAGAUGUAGCCUUUCCGCCAGGCAAAAUGCCUAAUAUUUAUAACGCUCUGGUAGUUAAGGGUCGAGAUAUUGCUGGUCAACCAAUUAAUGUGACUUGUGAGGUACAACACUUAUUAGGAAACAAUCGAGUUAGGGCCGUAGCUAUGAGUGCUACAGAUGGUCUAACGAGAGGGAUGGACGUAAUUGAUACGGGAGCUCCACUAAGUGUUCCGGUCGGUGGAGCGACUCUCGGACGAAUUUUCAACGUGCUUGGCGAGCCUGUUGAUAAUUUAGGUCCUGUAGAUACUAGUACAACAUUUCCUAUUCAUAGAUCUGCGCCUGCCUUUAUACAGUUAGAUACAAAAUUAUCUAUUUUUGAAACCGGAAUUAAAGUAGUAGAUCUUUUAGCCCCUUAUCGCCGUGGAGGAAAAAUCGGACUAUUCGGGGGAGCUGGCGUGGGUAAAACAGUACUCAUUAUGGAAUUGAUUAACAAUAUUGCCAAAGCUCACGGAGGCGUAUCUGUAUUUGGCGGAGUCGGUGAACGGACUCGUGAAGGAAAUGAUCUUUACAUGGAAAUGAAAGAAUCUGGAGUAAUUAAUGAAAAAAAUAUUCCAGAAUCAAAAGUAGCUCUAGUUUACGGUCAGAUGAAUGAACCGCCGGGAGCUCGUAUGAGAGUUGGUUUGAAUGCCCUAACUAUGGCGGAAUAUUUCCGAGAUGUUAAUGAACAAGAUGUACUUUUAUUUAUUGACAAUAUCUUCCGUUUUGUCCAAGCAGGAUCUGAAGUAUCCGCCUUGUUGGGUAGAAUGCCUUCCGCUGUGGGUUAUCAACCUACCCUUAGUACCGAAAUGGGUUCUUUACAAGAAAGAAUUACUUCUACCAAAGAAGGGUCCAUAACUUCUAUUCAAGCUGUUUAUGUACCUGCAGAUGAUUUGACCGACCCUGCUCCUGCUACGACAUUUGCACAUUUAGAUGCUACAACCGUACUAUCAAGGGGAUUAGCCGCCAAAGGUAUCUAUCCAGCAGUAGAUCCUUUAGAUUCAACGUCAACGAUGCUACAACCCCGGAUCGUUGGUGAAGAACAUUAUGACACUGCACAAGAGGUUAAGCAAACUUUACAACGUUAA